GAAAUCAACUGCCAAGGUAGGUUGCCGUUGGAGAUCAAGGCGAGACACGUAUGAAAGCGAGCAGGCAUGGGCGAGGGCUUUAUCUCUCCACGCCACUCGCAGGUGCGGGUCCAAGACGCAGUAGCAGUAGGCUAGUUCCCAAGAAUUGCUGCCACUCACGGCUGUCCGCGGAGCGUAGUUCAGGCAGCUCGGAAAUUUCGGUUCUUGGAGGUCGAUGGCCGCGAGGGCGUUGAGGGAGGUGGGGAGGAGGAGGGGCUGGGCGGCGGAGGUCGGGCGGCGGUGCUUCUCCGGCGGGAGCGCGGGGGCGGCGGUGGCGGAGCCGAAGGAGGGGGGAGCGGGAGGAGGGAAGGCGGUGAACCUGUUCACGGCCGUCAACCAGGCGCUCCACAUCGCCCUCGACACCGAUCCGCGUGCUUAUGUCUUCGGAGAGGAUGUGGGUUUCGGCGGCGUGUUUCGCUGCACAACGGAGCUCGCCGAUCGCUUUGGCAAGAACAGAGUGUUCAAUACGCCGCUAUGUGAACAGGGUAUUGCUGGAUUUGCAAUUGGCCUAGCAGCAAUGGUUCUUUUCGUCAUUCUGGAUUGCUACUGCUACUUUCAAAUACUCGCUCUGCUGGACCUCAUGAUAAUUGUCAAUGAAGCAGCCAAAUUCAGAUAUCGAAGUGGAAAUGAAUUUAACUGUGGAGGCUUAACAAUUCGAACUCCUUAUGGUGCUGUUGGGCAUGGUGGUCACUACCAUUCACAGUCACCAGAGUCUUUCUUCUGUCAUGUUCCUGGACUCAAGGUUUUCUCUUCGGUUGUCAUACCACGAAGUCCACGCGAGGCUAAGGGGUUACUGUUGGCUAGCAUUAGAGAUCCAAAUCCAGUUGUAUUUUUUGAGCCAAAGUGGCUGUAUCGUUUGGCUGUUGAAGAAGUACCAGAGGAGGAUUAUAUGCUGCCCUUAUCUCAGGCAGAAGUGAUUAGGAAAGGCAGCGAUAUAACACUUAUUGGCUGGGGGGCUCAACUUGCAGUGCUUAAAGAAGCUUGUGAAGAUGCAGCAAAGGAUGGGGUAUCUUGUGAGCUCAUUGAUCUGAAAACUCUGAUACCGUGGGACAAGGAAACGGUAGAGGCCUCAGUAAAAAAGACUGGAAAGCUCCUCGCCAGCCAUGAGGCUCCAAUCACCGGGGGAUUCGGUGCGGAAAUUGCUGCAUCUAUCGCUGAGCGCUGCUUCCAAAGGCUCGAAGCGCCUGUGGCGAGAGUCUGCGGCCUCGACACUCCUUUUCCUCUCGUGUACGAACCGUUUUACAUGCCCACAAAGAACAAGGAAAUGCACCAGUGCAAGAGGCGUCAGGCACAGGCCCGGAGCACCGGACAGGGCAGCAUCCGAUGCGACGGACCACAGUUCACGAGAGGGACUUGGUUCCCAGCGCUCGGUCCCCAGCGCCACCACGUCGCGCACUCGAGUUCUGGACGCAACCGCCGAGCACGCGCCGCGCAGCACCAUAGAACGCCAGACAUCGAUCGCCGCUAGAUAUCGCUGGACGGGCACGAGUCGCGAGCAACCCACAGAGCCAGCAGAUAGGAUGGCCGACGCUGACAUCGCCGCCGUGGCCGCCGCCGCCGGCGGCACCGAGGCCCCAGCCCAGCCGCUGGCGGGGCGCGUGGCCAUCGUGACCGGCGCGUCGCGGGGCAUCGGGCGCGCCAUCGCGGCGCACCUCUCCUCCCUGGGCGCGAGCCUCGUGCUGGGCUACGCGUCGCGCGCCGACGAGGCCGACGCGCUCGCCGCGUCGCUGCCCCGCGCCGUGGCCGUGCGGGCGGACGUCUCCGACGAGGCCGGCGCGCGGUCGCUCUUCGACGCCGCCCGGUCCGCGUUCGGCGGCGCCGGGGCGCACAUCCUCGUGGCCAACGCCGGCGUGCUCGACGACGCGUACCCCACCGUUGCGGGCACCGCCACCGAGUCCUUCGACCGCGUGCUCGCAGUGAACCUGCGCGGCGCGUUCCUGUGUCUCCGGGAGGCGGCGAACCGCCUCCCCCGCGGCGGCGGCGGCGGCGGCGGGCGGAUCGUGGCCGUGACGUCGUCCGUGGUGGGGAGCCUCCCGCCGGGGUACGGGGCGUACACGGCGUCCAAGGCGGCCGUGGAGGCGCUGGUGCGGACGAUGGCCAAGGAGCUCAAGGGCACGCGCAUCACGGCCAACUGCGUGGCCCCGGGGCCCACGGCCACGGACAUGUUCUUCGCCGGCAAGAGCGAGGAGAUGGUGCGGCGCAGCGUGGAGAACAACCCGAUGGAGAGGCUCGGGGAGCCCGGCGACAUCGCGCCGGUGGUCGGGUUCCUCUGCACCGACGCCGCCGAGUGGGUCAACGGCCAGGUCAUCCGGGCCAACGGCGGCUACGUGUGAAUGUGUGAUUAUACUCCAUUAUUUCCGUAUUGUGUAGUAGCGUCUUUGUUAACCUUCUUUGCAUUUCCAUUUUCUUGUUCUUGAUGCCUUCUUUGUCCCGCACUGUGUUGCCAUCUUGUUGUCUUCAAACCUAGCAUUUUCUUUAGCAAUUGUGAAUUUCACUAUGUAUUGAGUGAGA